AUGAUUUCAACAAUCGGCACAACAACAAUUCAAACAACUACAGCACCAAACUCACUGGUCAUGAAUCCUACGUCAAUGUUGGUAGAGAUGAAAAGCUUUAUUCCUUCUUCAUAUACUUUUGAAACAGAAAUCCAGAAGAUAAAGCAAGAACUUUUAACAAGUAAUUUAGACUGUAGUGCGAAAGAUGAAACAAAUGAACAGUAUCUUUAUGAAAUGGAGGACCUCAUCGACCAUUUGCCUAAACUACCUGAAAUUCAGCAGCAAAAACUAACUAUUCCUGAAUUCGACGAAAUUGAAGUCAAAGCAACUGACUCAGUAGAAAUAAAGAAGUUCAUACGUAAAGUAAAUUAUGAAUUUCUUGGUUUUCAUUGCAACCAUAAAGUUAUGGACAAAGAUUGCAACAUGGUUUAUAAAAAUAUUUCUGACCUUUACAAAUCCGAAGAAUUUAAGACAUACGAUAACUUUGUUUCAUUAGUUGCAAAAUGUGUAUGGCAGAUAAGAGAUAAAGAUAGAAGAGGUAAAGUAUGGAAUGAACAGAUAAAACCAGCAGCUUUUGAGUUAA